UGGUAAUGGGCAAUCAGGGCCACUGAGCUCUUCUGGGCGUCCAGUGGCAGGGGUAAAUCCACAAGAAUCCCCAAACUUCGUACCUGCCCCUUCAGAGGAAAUGCAACCCUACCCAGAACAGGCAGGCAGCUCAAUUCCGGGAUUUGGGAACAGCUCCAGCUUAGCCGAUACUGCUGUAUCUUGCAUUCCAUCAUCAUCUGGACAGCACAGGAGGCUACUACUGUCCAUGUGUCGUAUCUUCAUCUUCUUAGAGAUAGUAUGAAAAGUACAUAUCCUUCCAGUAUAUCAAGUAUCAAACCCUCAGGAGAUGGUGGCACACCCCUUCCAUUACUGUGAUGUCAGAUUCCUUGAUUAUCUUUCAUUUCCCCGAUCCUUGGCCCUCAAGUUCAUGGCACAUGUAACUCUUCUUCCUGUAGCCCUUCCAGCAACCACCCUUCAGCCAUCUUUUCCUUCCUAUCCAUUUCCUGCCAUUCUUUCCUCAUUCUAUUCCAUCCUUGAUCCUCCAAGCUCCACCCCAUUCUAAAGAUAACUGUAUUGACUGUUGUUAUGGAGACAACCUUCAUUCUUUAUCUCAGUGAAGCCCCCUUCCAAUCCUCCUUUAGGCCUAGCUGGAACCAGCUGCUUCAGGGGUGUUUGAUGUCCUAGAUAAGGAGACCGUGUGGGGUGCUCUUGUAGAUGCCUUCUAUGAGAGGAAAUGGAGAACAUUUCUACCAGGCUGCUGCUGCUGAUCUUAUGGAAUGUCAUGAAUGAAACUGCAGGUCAGAUACCACCUCAGGGGUUUAGGUAUGCCUCUUAUGAAGUGACCAUCCCAAGGAAACUGACCCCCAGGUAUGGACAACAGGAGCCUCAUCAUGUCAACUAUCUGGUACACCUUGAGGGGAAGGGCCACAUGGUUCACCUCAGGCAGAAGAAGGGAUUCAUCCCUAAACACUUCCCUGUCUUCACCUAUAAUACAGAGGGGGAACUCCAGGUGGACUACCCAUUUAUCAGGGAUGACUGUUUCUACCUUGGUUCUGUAGAAGGAACGCCUUCCUCUUUGGUCACCCUCAGCACUUGCUCAGGGGGACUCAGGGGUUUGCUUCGAUUAGAAAAUGAGACCUAUGAAAUAGAACCUGUCCAGGCAUCUCUUACGUUUCAACAUGUGGUGUAUCGGUUGGAAGAAAAGACGGGCGCCGUCCGUCUGAGAUGUGGGCUAACGGAGGAAGAGCAAGAUACCGUGAUCCAGAAAACAGAGAAUGAAGUGGACAGAAGGGCUUCCAGAAGAAACUGGUGGUCACAUACCAGGUAUGUCAAGGUGGCCGUUGUGGUAGAACAUGAGCGAUAUGUGCAGUUUGGCAGAAAUGAAACUUAUACUGCUAUACAAGUUCUGGAUGUCAUCCAUACUGCAAAUUCAUUUUAUGAGCCGCUUUCUCUUCAGAUAUCUGUGGUUGGUCUGGAGAUCUGGUCAGCAAAGAACCUCAUAGAAAUCAAUGACAGCAUGGCGGUCACACUUAAUUCUUUCUGUUAUUGGAGAAAAAUUUCAUUACUUCCACGGCUAAAGAAUGAUGCUGGUCACUUAUUUAUAUAUAAAACAUUUGGAAUUUUGCUUGGAUUGGCAUACGUAGGAACUAUUUGUAAUAACGAUCAUGGAGCUGCUGUUGAAUCGUUUAUGAAUUAUAGUUUGUUGCAGUUUUCUAACACUUUUGCCCAUGAAUUGGGACAUAUGCUUGGUAUGAGACACGACAGCAAAUACUGUCUUUGUGAGAAAGAAGACUGCAUUAUGGCUGCAUAUCAAGCAAGCACAGAUAAGUAUAGCAAUUGCAGUUACAUGGAGUAUUAUCCACAUAGGAACACUCCUUGCUUGUUAAUUCCACCAAACCCCAAUGAAAUUUAUAAAUCGAAAUUCUGUGGCAACAAAGUAGUAGAAAAGGGCGAGCAAUGUGACUGUGGUUCAAAAGCUGAGUGUGAUUUGGAUCUAUGUUGCCUAUCUAAUUGUAAGUUGCGUCCAGGUGCUGAUUGUAAUAUUGGACAGUGUUGCCUCCAUUGCCUUUAUCGUUCACACCGAGACCGUUGCAGAGGGAGGACUAGCGCCUGUGAUCUCCCUGAGUUCUGCAACGGGACUUCAGCAUGGUGCCCUGAAGACCUUUAUGUGCAAGAUGGUACCCCAUGCAGUGCUAAUGGAUAUUGUUAUCAUGGGGUGUGUACUACCCAUAGCGAGCAGUGCAAAGCCAUCUUUGGCAAUCAAGCAACAGUUGCUUCAGAGAGUUGUUUCAGAGUACUGAAUUCUCAAGGUGAUCGCUUUGGCAACUGUGGCCUUAGACAUGGAGCCUUUAAGAAAUGUCAUCCUUUGAAUAGCCUGUGUGGCCGAAUCCAGUGUGAAAAUGUGCAUAGCUUACCUUCUUUGGAGGACCACAGUACCAUAAUCCAAACACCUAUUGGCAAUACAAAAUGCUGGAGUAUUGACUACCACAGCGGAAUGGAGAUUGCUGAUAUUGGGGCAGUGAUAGAUGGAACUCCUUGCGGCACUGACAUGAUGUGCAUUAAGAGGAACUGUGUGUCCGUGUCCCUCUUGAACUAUGAUUGUAAUGCCACAAAGUGCCAUAAUCGGGGAAUAUGCAACAACCGCAAACAGUGCCAUUGCGAUUAUGGCUGGGAACCUCCUGACUGUCUUAUGAGAGGCUACGGUGGUAGCAUUGACAGUGGACCUGCUUUUGAUCACAGGAGCGUUGUCAUUCCACAAAUUAUUGUAGGAACUGUAUCUGUCCUUUUUGCUGCAAUUGUAGCUGUUGGCCUGGGUGUAUAUUAUAGGAGUGUCCUGAAGCACCAGUUUAAAAGACUGAGUUCCAGAAUCUCUCCUACAAAAACAACAGAGGAAGGAAAUCCCCAGAGAACAACUUAUUAAGUAUUCCAAAUAUAUGGGGAGAAUAAUGCAGGGUUCGAUGUAAAUCAUUUAUUCAAAUUUUGAAUUGAUGUUAUUUAAACUGGUUUCCAGUUGCUUUUAUUUCACAAUAAA